UCGUGCUCCCGGCAGCCCCCGCGCGGCCCGGCCGGUCCGUGUCGGUAAGAUGGCGACCGUGAGUCUGAGGCUUGGAGAUCUGGUGUGGGGGAAGCUCGGCCGUUACCCUCCAUGGCCAGGGAAGAUUGUUAACCCACCUAAAGAUCUGAAGAAACCUCGAGGAAAGAAGUGCUUCUUUGUGAAGUUUUUUGGAACAGAAGAUCAUGCUUGGAUCAAAGUGGAGCAGCUGAAGCCUUAUCACCCUCACAAAGAGGAAAUGAUAAAGAUUAACAAGGGUAAGCGCUUCCAGCAAGCUGUGGAUGCUGUAGAGGAGUUUCUUAGAAAAACCAAAGGCAAGGACCAGGCGUCUUCCCAUAACUCCACUGAAGAGAAGAAUCGGCGUAAUUCCAGUGAAGAAAGAGGCAAGCAGUCUGCUGGUGAAGAGAAACGCAAAGGCAGUUUGUCUGAAGGAAAGGUGAAGAAGGGCACAGGGGAAGGAAAAAAGAGGGUUUCUUCUGUCUCGUCAGAGAGAGGAUCAAAAUCACCCUUGAAAAGAGCCCAGGAUCAGAGCCCCCGAAAGCGGGGGCGUCCACCCAAGGAUGAGAAGGACCUCACAAUUCCAGAGUCAAGUACAGUGAAGAGAGUGAUGACUGGAACAGUGGCUGGAUUUAAAUGGCCGCCAAGUGUGAGCGAGCCUGUGAAGGACAGUGAUCCACACUUUCAUCACUUCCUGCUGAGCCAGACAGAGAAGCCAGCUGUCUGCUAUCAAGCCAUCACAAAAAAGCUGAAGGUUUGUGAAGAGGAGACAGGAUCCACCUCGAUCCAGGCAGCAGACAGCACAGCAGUCAAUGGCAGCAUCACACCUACAGACAAAAAGAUAGGAUUUCUGGGCCUUGGUCUGAUGGGAAGUGGCAUUGUCUCCAACUUGCUAAAGAUGGGUCACACUGUCACUGUCUGGAACCGGACUGCUGAGAAGUGUGAUUUGUUCAUCCAGGAGGGUGCACGGCUGGGAAGAACCCCUGCUGAAGUAGUCUCCACCUGUGACAUCACGUUUGCCUGUGUAUCAGAUCCAAAAGCAGCAAAGGAUCUGGUGCUUGGUCCAAGUGGAGUGUUGCAGGGGAUUCGCCCAGGGAAGUGUUAUGUGGAUAUGUCCACAGUGGAUGCAGAUACAGUCACAGAGCUGGCCCAGGUGAUAGUGUCCCGAGGUGGUCGCUUUCUGGAAGCACCAGUCUCAGGAAACCAGCAGCUCUCUAAUGAUGGAAUGCUUGUGAUCCUGGCAGCUGGUGACAGGGGUUUAUAUGAGGACUGCAGCAGCUGUUUCCAAGCCAUGGGGAAGACCUCUUUUUUCUUAGGUGAAGUAGGCAAUGCCGCCAAGAUGAUGCUGAUUGUGAACAUGGUCCAAGGCAGCUUCAUGGCAACAAUAGCAGAAGGACUGACUUUGGCUCAAGUGACUGGCCAGUCCCAGCAGACCCUUCUGGAUAUCCUCAAUCAGGGACAACUUGCCAGCAUCUUCCUGGACCAGAAGUGCCAAAAUAUCUUGCAAGGAAACUUCAAACCUGAUUUCUACCUGAAGUACAUCCAGAAGGAUCUUAGAUUAGCUAUUGCACUGGGCGAUUCUGUCAACCACCCAACUCCCAUGGCAGCUGCUGCCAACGAGGUCUAUAAACGAGCAAAAGCCUUGGACCAAUCUGACAACGACAUGUCCGCAGUGUACAGGGCCUACAUCCAUUAGGCUGCACCCUUCUUACUGUUCAUACGAUGAUGAUUGAUUAAUAUUAUUAUGAUACUGGGUUUUAACUCUGGACCAGUCCAUCUCUGUCUUUCCAUUUCCUUUUAUACACAAACUUUGAGACCUGCUGUGGUGAGCCUUCCACUGUGGCAGGAGGGGGGAGGAGGGGGCUCGGAUUGUUGCAGUCUAAUUAGAAAAAUCCAUGCCAUGCACUGACAGUCGUGAGAUGAAACAGCGGCAAUUGUUCAGAAGCUCUGAGGCAACUCUGCCAGAAAUCUGCUGCUUGGCUGCUUUAAUUUUCCUCUGUUUGCUAGUUCAAGAUGCUGUUUCUAACAAUCCCUUUUCUUUGCUGUGAAAUAAUGCAAGUGCUGGACUCUCUGCAUCAAGGGGACAGGGUCCUUGGUCCCAAGUAAGGUGAGGAGCAUGCCUGCUAAUUAGCCACUGUUAGAGAACAAGGCACCUCCCAUGGAGGAGAAGGGCAGUUCCAGAGGGUAAGGGGAGUUGAGUGCAACACUCUUGAUUCAGUUUCUUUUUAGAGUUCCACUUCCCCACGUUGAUGGAGGAAUUCCUGUACUGUUAAAGAUAACACAUUGCAUCCAUGUCUUCCCCUGUACAGACAACUACAGCUUAGGGAAUACAAACUGUACUGAAAAUAGGAGAAUACUUAUGUCAAUGAGACUCCUGAAAGGUUUUUCAUAGCCCAUCCAAAACAUCAUUGGAAAGUAGCACCUUUGCAUAGAGAACUGCAAGACAAACAUAGUGCCUAUAAAACUGGGCUAGAGAUUUUACUUGUUCCUGGCCUUAGCUUAUGUUACUACUUGUUUGGUUUUUUUUUAACCCUUGUAGUCAAUAAUUACAAAGGUGUCUUGGAUUGCAGCAGUGUCACAAGCAGAGUGGUGAGUCUGAAAAGGGAGAGAAGAAUGAUCCAAGAGAUUGAGAUUCCUGAGCUCCUUUCUGUGCUCUCUGGCCUUUGCAUGGUUGUCACAUCUCUCAGCCUGUUUGCCCAUCUAUAAAGGUGGGUGAUGGUUACCUACCUCACAGGGAUACUUUUGUGUACUGCCUAGUGAUCUUUAUACAUGUCAGAUUUUCCAUACAUGUUCUUAGUGUUACUACUUUGGGUACAAGAUAGCACAGCAUGAGCCUUCUCCCUGUAUCUGUGAACUCUGCUUAUGGCCAGAUACCAACUUCUAGAAAGACCAAUAACUGAGAUUGGGGAGGCUAAGACCACUGCUGAGCUUUAGUCUAGAGAUGGGUGACAUGAACUGCAGAUGCCAAGGCUAGAGAACAGAGAUGGUCUCAGUGUAGAUAGCAGAGCAACCCAGAGUCCAAAGGAUGCCUGUCACAAAAAAUGCACGGGGUGUGGCUUGGUUUUUGGUUGGUUUGGGUUUUUUUUUUUUUUUCCAAUUCUCAGUAUUAGCCUUUUGGGAGUGUUCUUGCAUUUUAAAUUUGAGUGUUAGAAAAAUGCCAGUGAGAAACUUUGGCCAAAAUCACUGCUCAAGUGGUACAAUCUCCUUCCUCCCUUGGGCUGGGAUUCUGAAAGGAAAGAAGACAAAUUCAAAUUAGGUUGUUUUCCUGACAUCUGCCCCUGCCACCUUAUUUUUUUUCCUAGGAACUUAAUGGCUGUGUAAGGAAAUUUUCCCUGGGUUAGGAUUUCUUACCAGUCCUGCUUUGUGCAGCAUGUGUGUAUGGUUCAGGGACACCUUGUUAAGAAAGAAAGAAGGAAAGUGUCACAUACUCAUUGAAUCACAACAUCUAAUGCCUUAUGCUGUAAAUGUUACUUUGAGUAUUUCACCUCCUGUGAUGACUGUUCCUUGUGGGCUGAUGCUGUAUUCUGCAUUACUUAUAUCCUGUAGUGAACACCUGGCAACAGGGCUGUCAGACCUCACUGCCUCUUGGCCACUGUGUGUGGGCGAUGGUAGUUCUACACCUGUGUUCCUUUGGCAAUGCCACUGCCAUUCUGUAUGUAGGUAUUCACGUUAAAGGCAUGUAAAAUUGCCAGCAUAGUUAACCAUUGACCUGCUUUGGCACACUGUUCUUCUCCACUCAGAACUCCACAGUUAGCAUCUGAAGUCCUUUGUUAAACAUACUAUAGUAAAAAAAAAAAAUCUCUCAUAUGAAUUGUGCAUUGUGGGCAUCUGAGGGAAGUUGUGGGUUUGGAGGCAGGAAAUGAGACUGAAGGAAAAAAUCUUU